ACCUGAUCAAGCCCCUGCUGAAGACCCUGCAGGAGGCCUUUCCCGCCGAGAUCUGCGUGGCCCUCAUCAUCAAGCCCGACAACUUCUGGCAGAAGCAGAAGACCAACUUUGGCAGUGCCAAAUUCACCUUUGAAACCAGCAUGGUUUCAGUGGAGGGGGUUGACGAAGCUGGUGGACCCCUCGCAACUGACGGACGACUUUGAGGGCUCGCUGGAGUACGACCACGAGGAGUGGAUGGAGCUACGCGUGUCGCUGGAGGAGUUCAUCGGGAGCGCCGUGCACCUGCUGUCCCGCCUGGAGGACCUGCAGGAAAUGCUGGCCAAGAAGGAGUUCCCGGUGGAUGUGGAGGGCUCGCGGAGGCUCAUCGAGGAGCACGCGCAGCUGAAGAAGCGCGUGAUGAAGGCCCCGGUGGAGGAGCUGGACCAUGAGGGCCAGCGGCUGCUACAGUGCAUCCGGGGCGGCAGCAACGAGGGCGGCUUCCCCAGCCGUGGCUGCGUCUCCGGAGGCGCCGACUUCCAGAGCUUGGUUCCCAAGGUGACCGGGCUGCUGGACAAGCUGCACUCCACUCGGCAGCACCUGCACCAGAUGUGGCACCUCCGCAAGCUGAAGCUGGACCAGUGCUUCCAGCUGCGGCUCUUCGAGCAGGACGCCGAGAAGAUGUUUGACUGGAUCAGUCACAACAAAGAGCUGUUUCUACAGAGCCACACAGAGAUAGGAAUUGGCUACCAGCAUGCCACGGAUCUCCAAACUCAACACAACCACUUCGCCAUGAACUCCAUGAACGCCUAUGUGAACAUCAACCGCAUCAUGUCAGUGGGGACGCGUCUCUCAGAAGCCGGACAUUACGCCUCGCAGCAGAUCAAGCAGAUCUCUGCCCGGCUGGACCAGGAGUGGAAGAGCUUCGCCGCCGCCCUGGACGAGCGCAGCACCAUCCUCGCCAUGUCCGCCGUCUUCCACCAGAAAUCCGAGCAGUUCCUGUCCGGUGUGGAAGCCUGGUGUAACAUGUGCAGUGAGGGGGGGUUGCCCUCGGGUAUGCAGGAGCUGGAGAUGGCCAUCCACCACCACCAGUCGCUGUACGAGCAGGUGACGCAGGCCUACGCUGAGGUCAGCCAGGACGGCAAGGCCCUGUUGGAUGUAUUGCAGCGGCCCCUCGGCCCGGGGAACUCUGAAUCCUUGACGGCGACGGCCAACUACUCCAAGGCAGUGCACUGCAUCCUGGACGUGGUGCAUGAGGUGCUGCACCACCAGCGCCGCCUAGAGGGUAUCUGGCAGCACCGCAAGGUCCGGCUGCACCAGCGGCUGCAGCUCUGCGUCUUCCAGCAGGACGUACAGCAGGUGAUAGACUGGAUCGAGAACCAUGGAGAGGCCUUCCUGAGCAAGCACACGGGGGUGGGCAAGUCGCUGCAUCGGGCACGAGCACUGCAGAAGCGCCAUGAUGAUUUCGAGGAGGUAGCCCAGAACACCUACACCAAUGCCGACAAGCUCAUGGAGGCCGCUGAGCAGCUAGCCCAGACCGGGGAAUGCGACCCAGAGGAGAUCUACAAGGCGGCCCGUCACCUGGAGGUCCGGAUCCAGGACUUUGUUCGGAGGGUGGAACAGAGAAAGCUCCUUCUAGACAUGUCGGUCUCCUUCCACACCCACACCAAAGAGCUCUGGACAUGGAUGGAGGACCUUCAGAAGGAGCUCCUGGAGGAGGUGUGUUCAGACUCUGUGGACUCUGUGCAGGAUCUCAUCAAGCAGUUUCAGCAACAUCAGACAGCCACGCUGGAGGCCACGCUCAACGUCAUCAAGGAGGGAGAGGACCUCAUCCAGCAACUGAGAGACUCGGCGAUGUCCAGCAACAAGCUGCCCCACGGCAGCUCCAUCGCUCACAUCGAGGGCGUGUUACAGCAGCUGGACGAGGCGCAGGGCCAGAUGGAGGAGCUCUUCCACGAACGCAAGAUCAAGCUGGACAUCUUCCUGCAGCUGCGCAUCUUUGAGCAGUACACCAUCGAGGUCACAGCGGAGCUGGAUGCCUGGAACGAGGACCUCCUGCGGCAGGCGGGCGACUUUAGUGCGGAGGAGCUCGCCCCGGCUGAACAGCGGCUCCAGAGGCACACGGAGCGCAAGAUGGCCAUGAACAACAUGACCUUUGAGGUCAUCCAGCAAGGCCAGGACCUGCACCAGUACAUCAUGGAAGUGCAGGCAUCAGGUAUCGAGCUGACCAGUGAGAAGGAGGUGGACCUGGCCACACAGGUCCAGGAGUUGCUCGAAUUCCUCCAUGAGAAGCAACACGAGCUGGACCUGAGUGCCGACCAGACGCAGAAAAGGCUAGAACAAUGCCUUCAACUGCGCCACCUGCAGGCUGAGGUUAAGCAGGUCCUGGGAUGGAUCCGGAAUGGGGAAUCGAUGCUCCACGCCAGCCUGGUGAGUGCCAGCUCCUUGUCGGAGGCAGAGCAACUGCAGCGGGAGCACGAGCAGUUCCAGCUGGCCAUCGAGUCCCUGUUCCAUGCUAACUCGCUGCAGAAGACGCACCAGAGUGCCCUCCAGGUGCAGCAGAAGGCCGAGGCCAUGCUUCAGGCGGGUCACUACGACCCGGACGCCAUCCGCGGCUGCGCCGAGAAGGUGGCCCUGCACUGGCAGCAGCUCAUGCUCAAGAUGGAGGACCGGCUCAAGCUGGUCAAUGCAUCCGUGGCCUUCUACAAGACGUCGGAGCAGGUAUGCAGUGUGUUGGAGAGUCUGGAGCAGGAGUACCGGAGGGAUGAGGACUGGUGCGGGGGGCACGACAAACUGGGAGCCAACGCAGAGACGGACCACGUCAUCCCGCUCAUCAGCAAGCACCUAGAGCAGAAGGAAGCCUUCCUUAAAGCAUGCACACUGGCCAGGAGGAACGCAGAGGUCUUCCUGAAGUACAUCCAUCGGAAUAACGUGAGCAUGCCAGGAGUGGCGAGCCACACACGGGGACCAGAGCAGCAGGUCAAAGCCAUCCUGAAUGAGCUUCUCCAGAGGGAGAACCGAGUCCUGCACUUCUGGACAAUGAAGAAGCGCCGGCUCGACCAGUGCCAGCAGUACGUGAUGUUCGAGCGCAGCGCCAAACAAGCCUUAGACUGGAUUCAGGAAACAGGGGAGUACUACCUCUCCACUCACACCUCUCCCGGGGAGACCUGCGAGAGAACUCAGGAACUUCUGAAAGAGUAUGAAGACUUUAGAGUCGCUGCAAAGCAAACCAAGGAGAAAGUGAAACUUCUGAUCCAGCUGGCGGACAGCUUCGUGGAGAAGGGUCAUGUCCACGUGACAGAGCUGAAGAAGUGGGUCACUACGGUGGACAAAUGUUACAGAGACUUCUCCCUGAGGAUGGGGAAGUACAGGUCAACACUGGAGACAGCACUGGGAAUCUGUUCUGAGGACAAUAAGGAUUUGGAGCUGGACAUCAUCCCCGCCAGCCUGACGGACCCCGAGGUGAAGCUGCGGGACCCAAAUCAUGAGAUCAACGAGGAGAAGAGAAAGUCCGCCAGGAAGAAGGAGUUCAUAAUGGCUGAACUUCUCCAAACUGAAAAGGCCUAUGUCAGGGACUUGCAUGAAUGCUUGGAGACCUACUUAUGGGAGAUGACAAGUGGGGUGGAAGAAAUCCCGCCUGGAAUUGUGAACAAGGAGCAUGUCAUAUUUGGGAAUAUUCAGGAGAUUUAUGAUUUCCAUAGCAACAUCUUUCUGAAAGAGCUGGUGAAUUACGAACAGCUACCAGAGGAUGUUGGCCACUGUUUUGUCACCUGGGCUGAUAAAUUUCACAUGUAUGUGACGUACUGUAAAAACAAACCAGAUUCCAGCCAACUCAUCCUGGAGCAUGCUGGGACCUUUUUUGACGAGAUCCAGCAGAGACAUGGCCUUACCAACUCCAUCUCAUCCUACCUGAUCAAACCGGUGCAGAGGAUCACCAAGUAUCAACUAUUACUCAAGGAGCUGCUUACAUGUUGUGAGGAGGGGAAAGGGGAAAUGAAGGACGGCCUGGAGGUCAUGCUGAGUGUCCCGAAGAGGGCCAACGACGCCAUGCACGUCAGCAUGCUGGAAGGAUUUGAUGAGAACCUUGACGUGCAGGGAGAGCUCAUUCUUCAGGACACCUUCCAAGUGUGGGACCCCAAGUCCCUUAUCCGGAAGGGACGAGACCGCCACCUCUUCCUCUUCGAGAUCUCGCUCGUCUUCAGCAAAGAGAUCAAGGACUCGGCUGGACGCACCAAAUAUGUCUACAAGAACAAACUGCUGACAUCUGAGCUGGGAGUGACGGAGCAUGUCGAGGGAGACCCCUGUAAGUUUGCCUUGUGGGCAGGACGAACACCUUCAUCUGACAACAAGACUGUCCUCAAGGCAUCAAGUAUCGAAGCAAAGCAGGAGUGGAUAAAAAACAUCCGGGAGGUAAUACAGGAAAGGAUUAUCCACCUGAAGGGGGCGCUAAAGGAGCCCAUUCACAUGCCCAAAACCCCCGCCAAGCAGCGUAAUAGUAACAAGAGGGAAACUGGAGAGGAUGCGGACAGUCAGGGUGAUGGCAGUAGCCAGCCAGACACCAUCUCCAUUGCCUCCCGGACCUCUCAGAACACUGUGGAUAGCGAUAAGCUGUCCGGAGGCUGUGAGCUCACCGUGGUGCUCCACGACUUCACGGCCGGCUGCAGCACUGAGCUCAGUGUCCAGACGGGCCAGACGGUGGAGCUGUUGGAGAGACCCAGCGAGCGGCCUGGUUGGUGCCUGGUUCGGACCACCGACAGGAGCCCCCCCCAGGAGGGCCUGGUGCCCAGCAGCGCCCUCUGCAUCUCGCACUCUCGCAGCAGCGUUGAAAUGGACUGCUUCUUCCCGGCGGGGAAAGAGAAUUAUGGUGGGCAGGAAACAAAGACAGAGUCGGUGGCCACCCUUCAGCCACAGACCUCCAUGAGCUCCAUCCAGAGCAGCUCACCGGGCCCUAAGCGCUCAGGCAACACGCUGAAGAAGUGGCUCACGAGUCCCGUGCGACGGCUGAGUCACGGCAAGGCCGACAACGCCGUCAAGAAGGUGCCCAGCAAGGGCAAGAAGAGGGACGGCCGCAAGAGCAUCGACUUGGGGCCUCCCAAGUUCGGCGAUACUGAUGCUGUGCAACAGGACGAGAGUGCCGACGAGCGGGGGAGGAAGGAGGGCAGCCUCUCCAAGUCCUCCUCUGGAAUGCAGAGCGGCGGCGAGGAGGAGCCCGAGGAUGAGUCGCACACGCCUCUACCGCCUCCCAUGGAGAUCAUCAAGGACCCAUCAUCCCAGGAUGAGAAGACCUUGGAGCCAGGCUCCUACCCAGGGUUCAGCUCUAUGGACCCCCCCGAGCCACCCCCGCAGCCCCGAGACCUGGAGAUGGAGCAGAAGGCCAAGGCCCUCAGAGGACGCAUGUUCGUCCUUAAUGAGCUCAUCCAGACUGAGAAGGAUUAUGUGAAGGACCUGGGAAUUGUGGUGGAGGGGUUUAUGAAGAGGAUCGAGGAUAAAGGCAUUCCUGAAGACAUGAAAGGAAAAGACAAGAUUGUUUUCGGGAAUAUUCACCAGAUUUACGACUGGCACAGAGACUUUUUUCUUGGUGAGCUGGAGAAAUGUCAGCAAAACCCUGAUCUGCUAGCAGAGCUGUUCAUAAAGCAUGAGAGACGCUUGCACAUGUACGUGAUCUACUGCCAGAACAAGCCCAGGUCCGAGUAUGUUGUGGCAGAGUACGAUUCAUACUUCGAGGUAGUGCAACAGGAAAUUAACUCAAGGCUGUCCAUUAGUGAUUUCCUCAUAAAACCAAUCCAGAGAAUAACCAAAUAUCAGCUGCUUCUCAAGGACUUCUUGAAGUACUGCAUGAAGGCAGGUGUAGACUGUCAAACCAUUCAGAAAGCUGUGGACCUGAUGUUCCUGGUGCCCAAGCGGUGCAACGACAUGAUGAAUCUCGGCAGGCUGCAGGGCUACGAGGGGAAGCUCACCAGCCAAGGCAAGCUGCUCCUGCAGGAUACCUUCUUCGUCACCGAGCAGACCUCAGGCGUCAUUUCCCGAAGCAAGGAACGCAGAGUCUUCCUCUUCGAGCAGAUCGUCAUCUUCAGUGAGUUGCUCCGCAAGGGCUCGGCCACACCGGGCUACCAGUUCAAGAAGAGCAUCAAGGUGAGCGUCCUGAGCAUGGAUGAGAAUGUGGAGAACGACCCCUGCAAGUUCAUCCUGUUCUGCAGGGGCUCGGCGGAGCGCUUCACCCUGCAGGCUGCGAACCCCGACAUCAAGCAAGUCUGGGUGCACAACAUCAAAGACGUCCUAGAUGCUCAGAGCAACUUCCUGUCAGCUUUGCAAUCUCCCAUCGAGUACCAGAGGAUUGAAAGCAGUUCCCUCCCUCGGACCCAGUCGGGCAACAUACGGUCUCCCCAGCCCAACAGCCGACCCCUGUCCUCCACCUCGGUGGGGGCAGAGAAGCCUCCACUAUCGAGUCGCACUCCCACUCCACUCAAGAUAUCUACCUCUAAUGGCAGUUCCUGUUAUGACCCCCACAAGCACGGAGAGCGCUAUGAACUGCCCAAACAGUACGACGUGGCUGGAUGUAAUGGGAUGUCCUCCUCCAUGGUGGUGAUCCAGGACUACAGCGCACUGAAGGAGAACGAGAUCUGUGUCUCCCAGGGUGAAAUGGUGCAGGUCCUGGCCACAAACCAGCAGAACAUGUACCUGGUGUACCGGCCGGCCAACAGCCAGUCCCCAGCAGCCGAGGGCUGGGUUCCAGGACACGUCUUGGGCCCGCUCAGUCGAGCUCUCAUAGACAGUGCUGAAGGAAGCCUCAAGAAAUCGCUCUCGUGGCACACGCUGCGCAUGAGAAAGCGAGGAGACAAAGGUGACGCAAAGGGUGAGAACGGACUCCGUAAACCCAAGGAAGCUCUGAGCGGCAAGGUCUCUGUUAAAGAAUCUAACAGCUCAGAAGAGUCAGAUUGCGAUGAGCUAGACCCAAAAACUAGCAUGGAGUUACUGAAUCCCAAUUUUAUCCAGGAAGUGGCCCCGGAGUUCCUGAUCCCGCUCGCGGACGUGACCUGCGCCUUUGGCGAGACCGUGGUGCUCUGCUGCAAAGUCUGCGGCCGCCCAAAACCAAACAUCACCCUGAAGGGCCCGGAUCAGAACCCCGUCGUCAACAACAGUCGUUUCACUAUAAACAUCAGGGAUACUGGAGACAUCCUCCUAAAGAUCUGUAACUUGAUGCCACAAGAUACAGGUAUUUACACCUGCGUUGCUGUCAAUGACCAUGGGACCGCGUCCUCCUCAGCCUCCAUUAAAGUUCAAGGUAUCCCAGCAGCCCCGGCACGUCCUGUGGCUCAGGAGGCCAGCAGUACAGCUGUGAUUGUGCACUGGCUCCCACCGGCAAGCUCAGGGAACUGUGCCGUGUCAAGCUACACUGUGGAGUACCGGCAGGAAGACUCCCUGGUGUGGCAGCAAUCCGUAGUGUCCACAAGAGAUGUCUGUGUGAAGAUUGAGGACCUCAUCCCAGGAGGACAUUAUCAAUUUCGGGUCAGUGCCAGUAAUCCGUGGGGAGUGAGCCCACCCAGCGAGCCCUCCAACAUGGUGACGCUGCCAAGUGGAAAUUCUACCUAUGACGGCAUUGGAAUUCAGUGGAAGGACAACUUUGAAGUAGCCUUCUCAGAAAUCAGUGAGAUUGGAAGGGGCAGGUUCUCAGUGGUGAAGAAGUGUCUGAACAAGGCGACCAAGAAAGAGGUGGCUGUGAAGUUCAUCAGUAAAAAGAUGCAGAAGAAGGAGCAGGUGGCCCACGAGGCAGAUAUCCUCAGACACGUGCAGCACCCGCAGCUGUCGGUGCUCUGCGACACCUAUGAGUCAGCCACCUCCUUCAUGCUGGUGCUAGAACUCCUGGAGGACGGCCGGCUAUUGGACUACCUGGUGGCCCAUGACGUCUUGAUGGAGGAGAAGGUGGCCUCGUACGUGAAGGACACCUUUGAGGCACUUCAACAUCUCCACACCUGCAAGGUGGCGCACUUGGAUCUGAAGCCUGAGAACCUCAUGGUGGAUCUUCAUGUGCCUGUUCCAUGCGUCAAGCUCAUUGACUUCGGAGAUGCUGUCCAGGUGUCAGGACACCGCUACGUCCACCUGCUUCUGGGAAACCCAGAGUUCGCAGCCCCUGAACUGAUCCGGGGGACACCUGUGUCCCUGAGCACUGACGUGUGGAGCAUAGGGGUGCUGGCAUAUGUCAUGCUAAGUGGGGUGUCCCCCUUCCUGGAUGAGAGUCUGGAGGAGACGUGUAUCAACAUCUGCCGGCUCGACUUUUGCUUCCCAGAUGAGUACUUCCAGGGUGUUAGCCAGGCGGCCAGGGACUUUAUCACAUCUGUGCUCCAGGAAGAUCCCCGUAAAAGGCCCAGUGCGACAAGCUGCCUGCAGCACCCCUGGGUGAGCGGUCAUGCCGGAGAACACUCCAAGAACCCCCUGGACACCACCCGGCUGGCCUCCUUUGUUGACAGGCGACGCCAGCUGAAUGACGUCCGCCCAGUCACCAACAUCAAAGGCCUGGUGACCAGCAGUAUGGGGCAUACGCUAUGAGCCCUGGUUACCCCUGGGUGCACACACUCGCGUAUCGCCAUUACGUCCAUGGGAGAGAGCCCUCUCUCUUUAAAGACAAACUUUGAAUCACAUGUAUGAUAUAUUUUACUAAUUCCUCUGCAGUGUCAAUAUAUUAUGCUAAGGAGCUUUAACGAUGCUAUUAAUUUAAAGAAAAGAACAGCACUAAAUUAAAGACAUAUGAGUCCCAGGGAAAAUCAGGAACGCUCAUAAUUACCCCUAAUGCAUCUGGUACAGACAAAACCUUUAAACCUGUUUGUUUCUGAUGACAGUAGUGUUCAUUUAUGUUUGGUGAUUUUAUAUAUAUAUAUAUAUAAUAUUUUUUAUUUUUUAUUUUUUUGCUUUGAGUCCCACAAGCAGAUGAAAGAAAAAAAAAACGUAAGUAAGGGUAAUUGAAUGUAACAUUGCAGAAUGUAGUCUGACACUGAGAGAUCCUUAUCACUGUUAUUGGAAGUACACCUUCAGGAGGUACACCAGCUGCUUUUCUGGACUACAGUCUGAAAUGUGACUAGAUAAUCUACACGUUUCAUGUCAGGGAGUGUGUUCUGUUGUUUGCUCUUAGUAACUGUAUGUGAGAGGGACAAAGUGACAAUGUUAGUCAUUGUAUUAUUGUUGUCCAUGACUCGUUGCAUAGACAGUGUAGAAGCAAUGUCUGAAGAAGAAAAAUCUCAACCUGGAUUUAUUUUUUAGCAAUUUUCUUUCAUAGAACAAACACUGAAACUUGUUUUGUUUGUAAACAUGGUACAUAGAAUAACAUAAAUCUAAAUCUUUAUCAAAGACAUUGCAAAAUGUGACCAUUGUCAUAUUUCAAAUAGUGUCUAAAUAAGUUAAUCUGAACUACCAAGCCUUAAAAUGUAUUGUAUUGACUUUUCUUUUGACAAACGAUAAAUCUAAAGGUCCAAAUGUCUGUAUAUACAGUUAUAAUGUUGUAUGAAAUUUAUUUUUAAACUGUUAUGUUACAGUGUUAUUUAAUGGAAAUAUUUGUAUUUAUUACUUUUUAUAAUUUGGAUUUUAUAACCGCAAACUAAAAACAAUGGUGCAAAAGGUUAAGUGUCUCAGUAGUAACACUGACGUAGGUGUUUGGGCCCAGAGGUCGAGUUUGUGUCAUGUGAUAGGGCCCAAACACUAAGGAAAUCAACUGCCCUUUCUGCAAUUUCUAAAUGCUGAUUUCUCAACAGGCACUAGAAAAAAAGUAAUAAUACAUAGACCAUUCAGGGGUUAUAGGCUCAGUCUCUAGAGGAAAUAAACUGUGAAAUGUAUUUACUGCAUUUUAGAUUUGCUUUAAGUGUUUCAGCUUAGGCAUUGAAUGUGAUCGAACAACGCUUGAGUCGUUUCAUUUUGGUGUGUUUUCAGUAGUUCUGGGAAUUUUUAUUGGAAUUGAUUCCGAUGAGCUAAAUGAAAUGGCAACAUGAAAUGCCACAGCGAUGCUGAAUACUACACACUCCUCUUGUUAUUUUUAUGGUAACACCAAAUAUAAUGCACAGCUGAACAGCCAGGUACCACAUCAAUUGUUGUUCAGCUUAAAGAAGCAACUCAGACACCAGCUAGCGAAAAAAAAUGCUAGUGUCUGGGGAUGAUGAGAUUACAUACAUGAAUGACGUUGGGAAGGAAUGAUCACAUCCAGAUUGUCAUCUCCCUGAGCAAAUGUGAAACAACAUCAGCAAUACGGUAAAGAUUCCCAUCAAUCAAUGGGAGAUUUGUGCCUGUUUAUCAACUUGCAUCCUAAAAACGGAUUGGUGGAGAGACAUGCAGAAAACUGUUAAUUGCCAUCUUAUUUUGCUUGUGCACCUGAACUGUUCGAGAGGUGAAAACGUACAGCUACAAAAAUGUCCGGCAUUUGUCUAACUGAAUGUUGUAACCCAAAGCGGGAAUGUCAAUUUUUAAAAAGACUAAGCAGCUUUGAAAAUUGCUUGUUUAAGCAGAUCCAGGUUUGUUGUAGUUCCCCUCGUCAUCAGUGAUAUAAACUCUCAGCUAUGUACAACUAAACACAAAGCUACUGAUGGUGCAUUGCCUUGCUGUUAAGUAAUUGCUUCGAUGUUUGGAUUUUCUGCUUGAUGUCUUUUGGCAGGAUGGCGUUGUAGGGUCAUGAAACAGCAAAACUAAAAACUAGCUUUGUUCCCUGCGGCAGCAUGGCCCUUGUACAUUACCUUCUUUCAUGUAAUAUGGUACUUUGUAAAUAAAUCUGUCUAUACCAUUUGCAAACUGAA